AAAAAUUCACAAAGCCAAACAUAGCAUUAUACUCACUAUAUAAACCAAACCCCAACACAUUUCUUUUCUCAUCUUUCAAGCCAAAACAAAAUAUUUUCUCUCUAUCCAAACAAGAUGAGUGUACUAGAGAUGUGGACUAAUCUUGGCACCGCAAUUGGAAGCCUAAUGUUUGCUUAUGCUAUGUUUCAACAGUACUUCCCUGAUCAACUUCAUGGCUACGCCAGAACAUAUUUGCAGAAAUUGAUAGCUUUUACCUCUCCUUAUAUUCACAUCACCUUCCAUGAAUACACAGGCGAGCGUCUGAAGCGCAGCGAAGUCUAUACCGCCAUCCAAAGCUACCUUAGCGCCAACUCUUCUAUGCGCGCCAAGCGGUUAAAGGCUGAUGUUGUUAAAGAUAACCAAUCUGUUGUUCUUACUAUGGAUGAUCAUGAAGAAAUUACUGAUGACUUCAAUGGAAUCAAAAUCUGGUGGUCUUCAAGGAAAAAUACCCCCAAAACACAGUCUUUUUCCUUCUAUCCUGACAAGGAUGAGAGAAGAUAUUUUAAACUCACUGUCCAUGGGCGUCAUAGAGAAACCAUUAUGACGUCUUACAUAGAUCAUGUUAUUAAAGAAGGGAAAGCGAUUUCUGUUAAGAAUAGGCAGAGAAAGCUUUAUACUAAUAAUCCAAGUAAUGAUUGGCAUGGAUGGAAAGCUACCAAAUGGAGUCAUGUGGUGUUUGAGCAUCCUGCGAGUUUUGAUACUUUGGCAAUGGCGACAAAGAUGAAAGAACAGAUCAAGAACGAUUUGAUCAAGUUUACUAAAGGGAAAGAUUAUUACGCCAAGAUUGGGAAAGCUUGGAAAAGAGGUUAUUUGCUUUUUGGUCCACCAGGAACUGGCAAGUCGACGAUGGUUGCUGCUAUGGCUAAUUUCUUGAAUUAUGAUGUUUAUGAUCUUGAAUUAACUAAAGUUAAGGAUAACAGUGAGCUUAGAAAGUUAUUGAUUGAGACAACCAGUAAGUCCAUUAUUGUGAUUGAGGAUAUUGAUUGUUCUCUUGAUCUUACUGGUCAAAGAAAGCCAAAGAAGGAGAAAGACGAAGAUGAUGAGAAGGGUGAAAAUAACGAUCCGAUUUCUAAAAAGAAAAAGGAAUUAGAAGAAGAAAAAGGCAAAAGUAGUAAGGUGACUCUAUCUGGGCUUUUGAAUUUCAUUGAUGGAAUUUGGUCUGCUUGCAGCGGAGAAAAGAUCAUUGUGUUCACUACUAACUAUGUGGAGAAACUUGAUCCAGCUUUAAUCAGAAGGGGAAGAAUGGAUAGGCAUAUAGAAAUGUCUUACUGUUGUUUUGAAGCCUUUAAGGUUUUAGCUAACAAUUAUUUGGACAUAGAUUCUCACAAAUUGUUUGUGAAAAUUGAGAAACUGUUGGGGGAAGUGAAGAUGACACCAGCUGACGUUGCAGAGAAUUUGAUGCCAAAAUCAGUAGAUGAAGAUGAAGAGACUUGUUUAAAGAAUUUGGUUGCUGCUCUUGAGGAGGCAAAGGAAGAGGAAGCAAGAAAGAAGGCUGAGGAAGAAGAGAAGUUAAAAGCAGAGCAAGAAGAGAAAGAGAAAGCUUGUAAAGAACAAUGUUGAAGAAAUCAAAGAAAAUGACUUGAGUGAAAAUGGGGAAAAAGGGGAUUCUCUUUGAAGACUUCAACUGAGAAAUAAAAUUAGCAAAGCUUAAACAUGACCGAAUUGGGUAUUUUAUGUAGAUUAGAUCUUUAGAUUUGUAAGAGUAAAGUGUUUCUAUUUGAUCAUCAAUGAGUUGAAAAAUUAGGAUUUGAAAUUAAUCAAAUGAAAAAUAGGAGUUAAUAAUUGUGUUCUAUAAGCAAAUUUAUAUUUUCACAGUCAAAAA